GUUUAUGUGGUGCUUCUUUAUCUUUUUAUCAUAUUCAUCCAUUCAUUCAUCUCAGCACGUGUUUUUCACUUUGUUUAACGCUAGCCAUUCAUUGGCUCUACACCAGCCCCCACACCCACCCUAAAAUAUCCAUUAUUAAUAUUUGUAUGUCUUCUUUUCUAGUUAUCUACUUCAAAAACUUUUUUCAUUUCUCUCUCACCUUUUCUCAAAUUUGUUGUUCCAAAUUUUAUAAUCAUGGAGAUAGAUUUUCUGGGCUUGAAUUCUCCCAAGUACAAAUUGGAGCAAGCCAAUCUCAAGAAUCCAUUCAUAGAUACAACUGGAGGAUUCGAGAUAUCUUUGUCUCUCAGUUCAAGUUCUUCCCUCAAUUUCUCCGAUAAGAAGAAAUGGGAAUUCGCAGGUGGUGAUGAAAUGCUUUCUUCGUGCAGUGGCAGCACAAUUUGUGGCUUGGCUCCUUACGACCAGGACAAUUCGAGCCUACUUCUGGUUGCGCCGCCGCCUUUCCGCCACCCCGCCGGCGGCGGCUUUCUCUAUGACCUCAACGAUGCUGCCACCCCCAACUUAAGGAACAUGUCUGUGUCGGCAGAAACUAAUGUCUAUGUAUCUGGAAAUGCAACCACCGGCAUCUCUACAAGAGGUCACACUCCGACUGUGGCGAUGGCUCGGCGAGCAACCUUGGCCAGAUUCUUGGAGAAACGGUUGCACAGAAUGAAUCAAGCAAGAGCAUCUCACGUGAUGGGGAAAUCAGUGAGUGGCAGCAACUCUGAAGCAUGUGAGACGACAAGUAACAGAAACAACAAGAAGAAAAGCAAGAACUGAAAUGAAAAGAAGGUACAUGCAGAAAUGAUAAGAGUUGUGACGACUAAACAAAACAGUGUAGCAAUAUCUUCAUUCAUAUCCACGAUUUGCUUAUAGAGUAGCAACUACUGCCUAAAAUAAGCACGACUGCCAAUCAUUGAUUCCUAUAUAUAGUGCUUAAUUUCUUUCCUGUAUAAUGUAUUGUUUGUGAUAUACUUUCACUGCUCAUAAUCGAAACAGUAUUAAUUUCUAUA